UCGACACCUGUGGCCCAGGCAGGGCUGUGCCUAGGCAUUGUCCUGCAGAACUGGAGGCUUUGACCCUCCUCAUUGUCCCUGAACCCCAGGGGAAGCCAAGAUACAGGUGCUGCUGCGAUGCGGUGCUUGGUGACCCAACAGAAGGACUAGAUUGUUCCUGGCGCCUGCUUCCCCUUGAAGGGUUGCAGCUGCCUCUUGGCUUCCUGCUACCAACCCCUGUUGCUGUCCUGGGCAGAGGAGAUGAGUUUGUCGCUUCCUAGGAGCUGAGGCAGGGUAACGAAUGAUGCUACACAGAGAAGGGGCUCUUGGAGUGGCCUUGGAGUGAGAAGCUGGGCGAAGAGUAGCCUGUCUGGGUUUCCUUGUCUGGCUGCCCUUCUGGUGUGUGCAUCCAGGUGGCAUCAUGCUACAGCAGAUCCUGCACGACAUGUACAUUGACCCUGAGCUCCUCACUGAGCUCAGUGAUGUGCAGAAGCACAUCCUUUUCUACAAAAUGCGAGAGGAGCAGCUGAGGCGCUGGCGGGAGCACGAGGCUUGGGAGGCCCUGGCCGAGGCAGAGGGACUCAGGCCCCCGAAGGUCAAGCGAGCAAGUGACAAGCACAUCCAAUGGCUCCUGGGGGCAGAUGGCGAGGUUUGGGUCUGGAUCAUGGGAGAAGGCCCUGGUGACAAGCCCUAUGAAGAGAUCUCUGAGGAGCUGAUUGCAGAGAGGGCACGGCUGCAGGCUCAGAGGGAGGCUGAGGAACUCUGGAGACAGAAGGAGGCAGAGAUCACCAACAAGUUCCGGGAUGCUCUGGCCAAUGAGAAAGCCCGAAUCCUGGCAGAGAGGUGGAAAGUGGAGAUGGAGGACCGGAAGGCUGCCAAAGUCCUAGAGGAGCGCAUUCGUGAGGAAUUUAAGAGGAAAGAGGAAGAGGAGAGGAAGCGAGGAGAAGAGCAGAUUCGUCUACAGGAGGAGCAGAGGGCAAGGGAACUCUACUGGACACUGAAGCAGGCCCAGCUACAGAGCCAAGCAAGUGAGAAGGAGGAACGAGAGUGGGAAGAACAGUUGCGUCGGUCCAAGGCAGCUGAUGAGGAAAGAAGCCGCCGAGCCCAGCGGGCCCGAGAUGAGUACCGACGCCUUUCACUCCGUGCCAUCCAGAAGGGCACUGUCUCUGGCCUCAGCUUCAUGUUCCGAGAGCUUGGCCAGAGCCAUGAGCAGGAGGCCAGACUCUACCACCACUUCCCAGGCCCGGGUCCACCACUACCCCUCGCAAUGCCUGUCAGCAGGACUUGGGAGCGCCCAUUGCGACCUGUCUCCAGAGAAGUCAUAGUCCGCUGGUUUAAGGAGGAACAGCUGCCUCGCCAAGCUGGCUUUGAGAGGAACACCAAAUCCAUCGCUCCCUGGUUCCAUGGAAUUAUUAGCCGAGAAGAUGCAGAAGGUCUCCUUGAGAACAUGACUGAGGGAGCAUUUCUGGUCCGGAUCAGUGAGAAAAUCUGGGGAUAUACCUUGUCCUAUCGCCUGCAGAAAGGGUUCAAGCACUUUCUUGUGGAUGCCUCUGGGGAUUUUUACAGCUUCCUGGGAGUGGACCCCAAUCGCCAUGCCACACUCACCGAUCUCAUUGAUUUCCACAAGGAGGAAAUUAUCACUGUUUCAGGGGGAGAGUUGCUGCAGGAACCCUGUGGGCAGAGGGACAGCCCACCAGACUACCAUCUGCUGUUUGAAUAACUGUUUUCCCCUCAUCAACUGGAUUCUUUUGGGCAUCCUUUUUUUUUUAUUUUGAACUCAAGAACUUCUCAGCUCAAAUCCCUAUGGCCUUCUGGAAGAUGCACCACCAUUCAGAGGAUUAAAUACAUUUGAAUGUCUCAAGAGAUAUGAAAUAUAUGGCAUAUAUGCUACUGGUCCUUGUCCCAGUGCCCAGGAAAGAAAUUGCCAACUGUUGACGCAAAUCUUUCAUGAAGAAUUUAGAUAUGACCUCAGAAGAUGAAGCCUAUUUGUCACAACUGCUCUAGACUCAGCCCCUAGAGACCAUGGAUCAUGAUUUUAUAAUCCAAAGUAAUCCCAGUGCCUAGCUCUGAAUUUAACAUAUAGUGUCCAUUCAAUAAAUGUUUGUUGAAUGAAUGUACUUCUGAAAGUUUCCAACAUUAAUCCAUGAUUUCCAGUAAGUUAUUUCCUACUUGUCACUGCUUAUAUAGUCAUGGAGCUUAUAGGGGAGGUAUUGUAAGGGAUUUAUGUGGAAAACAUAGAUGCUGCAUCUUUAACAAUGUUCAUUAUCACUCUCAUUGACAGUGUCACUGGAAUUACUAAGGCUUUUGAGCCCCAGCUUCUAGAGCAGAUGACUGAUACUGCUCUGCCUUCCUUAUUUGCCUCUUCUUCUGCCACCCUUCCUCUGUCUGAAAUUAUAACUUGGCCCUCAUUUUACAAUAUGGAGGCAGUGGUUUUACAUAUUACUAUGGAUGUGCCCCAAACCUAGGGUGAAUUAUAAUUUAAGAAUGGUUUGUAUACUUAAGAAUGGUCUGAUAAGUCCUUUGUUCUCUAUUAUUUGGCCCUUUUCAUACAGGUUACUCAAGUGAUUACCUGUGCUUUCAUAGUCCUUUGAUUUUUUAUUCUGCUCACUUAAUUUGAUUGUGUCUUCCUGUUAAGAAAAGACUCUCCCAAUAACUUCUUAGUAACUUUCAGGGAUGGUGUCUACUUGUGCAUACUUAGGUUUCACACUUAUGGGCUUAUACAUAGAGAUAGCUUUGUAUUUGGUGACAGUAAAAAGAUGAAUGAACUCUGUAUGUCAACUGCCUGGUUUACCUUACUUGAUAGUUUUAUCAACAUCUCUUAUGCUCCACUUCACCUCCUGCCUCCUCUGUUCCUCAAGUUCUUGACCUCUGGUUUCACCCCAGGUGCCACCACUGCAACCAGUUUUGCACAGGCUCUACUCUUCCCCAUUGUGUCCACAGCUUCGUGUGACCAUGAGCCAAUGGCACCUUGCCAAACGUGGUACUCUGGCCUCUCUGCUGUUGCCACAGAGGCAUAAGACGCCAUGCAACUAAGAGCUGGGAAGUGAACUUUCCAGGCAGUGAACCUUUAUCAAUGGUUGAUAAACUAGUUCUUCUCCCUUUCUCCUUCUGGAGGGACUUUUUAGAGAGGCAGUUCUCAACAUAUCCUCUUAGAAGACAGUACUGCAUGGUCCAGCAGUAAGUCAGAAUGAAACCAAGCAGUGGUCUACCCUCCUGUUUGUUCUUCCUCCUUUUCUGCCUCACCCCAGUUUCUCUUUCUCCUGCUCCCCUGGAUUGCACUCCUGAGUAAAGUAACAGCAUGGAAUCACUUACCACAGGCUCUGCCUCUUGGGAAGCCAGAAUAAGGACCCAUCAUACAAGUGUAUUUAAGGAUGUCAAUUUUACAGUCUGCUUCCAGAGCUUCCCUCCUGUCUGCCUGUCUCACAGGCCCCUGAGGAUAAAAUACAGUGAUAGAAAGAACCUGCUUUCUGAACUCUAAAGUGCUUUAAAAACCAUAACUGAUAUUGUUAAAAUUACCUUCUUUCUGUUAGACUUGGAGGAACCAAAUUUUAGCUUUGGCUACACUACUUACCCACUGUCUGACUUUAUUCAAGUCACUUAACCACACUAAAGCUCACUGUAACUGAGAAGAGAAUUUUCUGUAGGGCCAUCACUAAGUUUUUUGGCAGAUCAGUUUAAUGAUAACUAUAAAAUCUCUGUCCAAGUGAAAGGUAUUUCUAAUAGAAACUACCACAAUAGCAACAAUUAUUUCGUGCUUCGCAGUGAUGUGUCAAGGGGACAGGAUGUGAUGAUUUUCCAGGCAUUAGAAGAAAGUUUUAAUUCCAAGAACUAGCAACAGCUUUUGAAGCUGACGGAGAUGGGCAGAGAACCUGAACCCCUGAGCCAUUGUUCCUGUCACCCUAACUGAUAUGUGAGCGAUGACGGCGGAGGUGUCCGUGCCUGACACAUUUACUUCACUUUGUUUGGGGCCUGCACUUUCUGCAUGUCUCAUAUGUUUUGGGUUUUACCUGGCCUUAAAAUAAAUUUCUUACAAGUUGUCCUGAAAAUGAAAUUACUGUCUGGAAAACUGCAAUUUCAUCCUGAGAAUUUUAUUAUGCUAAUAAAUGUCAGGAUGCUCAAAUAAAGGAAUUGCUUUUUUUUCCCUGAGCCCUACAAAUAUGAUAAAAAACAGCUAUAAGUCUCAGCAGAAGGAAAAUUUACAAUCUACAACUAGAAAAAGUUAUAAAAAACACCACACAACUUAAUGGAAGAUGUAUUUCAAGGGAUGAAAGAGUAACUUUGGGCACAGAUUCAGGGAGAUCUCUGGGUAGCUGAUUUGGGGAGCUGUGCACUUGGGAGUGGGGGCCUAUCAGGAGCGGUGAACCUUCAUCAGUGGGAGACAGUGGCCAAUAAAUCAAUUCUUCUCCCUUUCUCCUCCUGGAGGGACUUUUCUGAGGCAGUUAUCAGCAUAGCCUGUGAGAGUGAACCAUUAGAAGGGAGAUGUGGAUAUGAAGACCUGGGAGCCUGGGGACUGUUCCCUUUUGUACCUUUGAAUACUCCAUUAUCCUCAGCACUAAAUCUGGAAACAAGGUCUUUUGUUCUGUGACCCCAAUUUCCUGGGCCACAGUUUCUUCUGUGAAAUGGGGUAAACAGUGCCUGUCUGAGAGCGUGGAUGUGAAAAUAGCAUAAUGUGAGAUUUUGUAAUAGUAAUGACAUUAUUUCAGCUCUGUGUGUGUGUGCAUGUGUGUAUAAGUUUCACAACCAUGCUAAAGGAGACAAUGCUAUCACCUCCAUCUUGCACAAAGGGAGACUGAGGCCCAAAGCAGCUCAGAACUUCUCCAGGGCCGCUUCUCUGGUCACUUGUAUUAUUGCACUGGGACUCAAAGUCUGGCUUUGGAGUGUGUGUAGACCUUAAGCCUGCCCUUCUCAAACCAGGAUGUGCAGAUCAAACAUAAGGUGACGUUCUUAAAAUGCAGAUUCUCCUUCCAUGGUUCUGGG